CAAACCGUUGUUUUUUCUGAAUGAAAUGGAAGUUCUUGAAUCUCUUCUUGUUGACCUCAGUAGGUCAAUUAUGCUGACCAUAAGUUGACCGAAGCGCGCGAAAUACAUUAUUUACAGAACGUGAAUUUUCUUAAUAAAGUUACACGAAUUGUUACCGUUGUUCAGGCGUAAGUUUUUCUAUGAUGAAAUGCCAAACAAUACCAAACAAAAAAGUAACAUGACACGACUCACGCAUAAUCUGUCGAAAAAAGGUUAUUGAAAAAAAGUACAUCCACUUGGAUCACCCGUUAUAAGCUGGUAUAUAUAUCGUGCGAAUACACUAGGGACAAGUUGUGUGAAAUGAUACAUGUAAUAACAACUCUGCAUUCAAAACAAGUACAAACAGCUGAUGCAACAGUUUAAAAUUUAGCUUGAACAAAUCAAAACAAUUGCUUUAAUUGAAACAAAAGAAGUUUUUUUUUAAUGUUAGAUGCAAUAUUUAGUUAAAAGUUUUAAAAAUUCAGGAAAAGGCAUAUUUAUGUCUUUUUACGCUGUAGCCCGUGGUCACAAUAUAGGGAUAUAUGAAAGCUGGGCAAAGUGUGAGGAGCAGGUAAGAGGCUUUAAAGGUGCCAAGUAUAAGAAAUUCAAGUCGAGAUCUGAAGCCGAAGAUUUUGUUAAAAAUUUGAACGGGUUGGUUGCGACAAAUACAACAACUCCCACGCCGAAAGACUUUUGGCCUGAUAAUGAAACAUUUGAGAUAAAUUCACUAGAAGAUUCAGAGCUGCUUGCUGCUGUAAGUGCUGUGGAGUGUAGUAAUAAAAGAAAGAGAGAUGCGUCUGAUGAACUUGGUACAAAAAAGAAAAAAUAUCCUGAGCAUGUUUCGAACUUUUGGAAGCCAGUGGAUAAAAUAAUAUUCAAGGAACUUUCUUUUGAAAUUGAUUCGGAGGGGUACAUUAUUGUCUACACUGAUGGCUCAUGUAUAAAUAAUGGUGGCUCUGAUGCUUGUGCAGGUUUUGGAGUAUAUUUCGGAGAAAACCACCCAUUAAAUGCCUCGAAACCCGUCACUGGUCGUGUUACCAACAAUGUAGGCGAAAUUCAAGCGGCUAUUUAUGCUAUUAAUACAGCAAAAUCAUUUGCUAUCGAAAAACUUUGUGUUAGUACGGAUUCUCAGUUUCUUAUUAAUUCCAUUACAAUUUGGAUAAAAGGCUGGAAACAAAAAAAAUGGCGAAAGAAAAAUGGAGAACCGGUUAAAAAUUCUGUCGAUUUUAAGGAACUAGAUAAGUUGCUGGCUGACAACAGCAUUCAGGUGAAAUGGAACUAUGUAAAGGGACACGAUCGUAUUGUUGGAAAUGAAAUGGCGGAUAAAUUGGCGAGGGAAGGAUCUGACACGUACAGACGUUUGAAAACUCGAAAGGAGUAGUUGUUAGUAAGAACAAUAAUAAAAUUUUAUGUUUGUAAAACAUUUUUGACGACUGAUUUCUAUUACAUGAGAAUGUUUCGCAUAUUUCUUGAUGAUUAAUAAUGUAUGUUUAAAUUAAAAUGGGGAUUAUAAAAUAUA